AUGGAUAUUACUGAAAAAGACUCGGAUUGCAGCACACUCCUCUCAGGUGAAGACGAACACGACAUUGGUGAAAAUGACGGAUUACUGAAAUCCCAUUCAUACAAGGCUCUCGCAAGGCCCCACAGACUAUGUCUUAUUCAUAUUGUAGUUCUUUACGUCUGUAAUGUUAUCUCUCUGGUGGUGAUAGCUGUGCUGUGGAGUUCACCAUCAGGUAGAGGCCACGACCCUACGCUUGGAGUAUAUUCUCCGGCAAACGAGGCGGUCGAAUACGUUGAAGCGAAACACUUCCGGGCCGCAUUGUUCAAUCUCACCGAAUAUAUGGGUUAUCCGACAGCAGAUGGGAGGACGGAUCAGCUGUGGAGUGAUUUGUACAACUUUGGCAUUUCCAAAAUAACAAAGGAGCAAGCCACCAAAUUGCACUCGCCGACCCUUGCCAUUCCAGGGACUGAAGAUUACCUUGUUGAGCUUGACGUCUGGCACGAGCUACACUGUUUGAACGACCUUCGCAAAAUACUUUAUCCCGAAGUCUACGGUGGUUUAUCGGAGGUGACCUGGCCAAACGGGACAAUCAACCGUGACACUGACGCCUUCCGACACUGGGACCACUGCAUCGACUCUUUGAGACAGACGCUCAUGUGCCAUGCUGAUGUAGCGCCAAUCCCGUUCCACGUAAAUAUCCCGGCGAAGAAGGGAAUAUUCCCCAGAUUGGCUACGACACAUACAUGUCGCAACUUCGAGCGGAUUCAACAGUGGUCCCGAGAUAACUGGGCUGGAGACUGGGACUUCAAUUUGAAUCCAGAAAAGGCCGACGAAAUCAUCGCGGCGAGUGGAUUCGAUAACGAUCCAGAAGAAGAUAUCGAAUUCCUAUGGAGACUAUUUCCCGGGGAUCCUUUCUUCAAACACUGGCGUGAACACCAAUCAGAGUAG